UGCGAACAACGCUCCUUUCUUUCCUUUUCUUUAGUAUUUUUUAUUAUUUUUUUCACCGGCAACGUGAUCGCCAACUGAUACGGUGAAGCAGUAAAUUAUAACCUAGUGAAAUUUAUCUACUGUUAAAGAUGAAAAUAUUGUAAACUGGUAAAUACAGGUUGCUUGCUGACCCUUGACAGUUAUGAAGUUGUUCGUCUAAAAUGGAAAUACCCAAACAUAGUGUGAAAGACACAAGGGCAGUUGAAGAGAAAAAUACAGAUGGUGGUAAUGAAAGUUUCCAACUACAGUCACAAAGAUUUAGAUGGAGUUAUGAAGAUCCAAUGUAUAAUUAUAUCAAACAACAGAGAAUAAAAGAUAAAGAGGACAGGGUAAAGGAACUUCAGUCAAUGUUAGAAUCAAGUAGUUCUUCAUCGGAUAGUUCAGACAAUGUUUCUCACAGAAAACAAAGGAGAUCAAAGUCAAAAUCAAGCUCAUCUAAAAGAAAACAUAAACACAGAUCUCAGUCAGAAUGUAGUUCGCCUAAUAGAAAACAUAAACAUGAAAAACAAGAAAAAUGUUUAACAGAAGAGUGGACAGAUAAAAGAAAUUAUCACAGUGAUAAAGAGGAGAAUUCUCAUAGAAAAAGGAAGAAGAAACAUAAAAAGCAUGUAUCAAAGACACACAAAAGGGAUAAACGAGAUUCAGAUUUUAAACAAAGUGAAAUCUUGACUGUGAAUAAAAAAUCAAAACAUAAGCGUCAUAAGUAUAAUUAAAGUCAAUUUAGUUUUAGUUUAACUUCUGUGAUUUAUUCUAUUUUUAUAGAUCAUAGAUGAAUUUCUUUUAUUGGUAGAUAUGUGCUGUCUUUCUUCUGAUCUUAUCUACAAUUUUUAAUAUUACCUGAUCAGUGAAUUUAUUUUUCCUGCAUUUUUAAACACCAUACAUAUACUUAUUAAAUAAAAAUAAGUGGUAAAAAUCCAGAGACAUAGAUAACAGAGAUAAGCAGCUCCUAUAUACCCCAUUGAAAUAUCACUCAUGCCUAUCAAAAAGUAAAAAAUAGGCAUUUUGUAGCAAAUAAAACUUAAUGGAUGUACAUUUGAUCCUUUAAUAUUAUAUACCAUUUGAAAGGUAAAUCUUUUAUCUAUUGCUGCAUGUUAAAAUAUUGGUAACUUUCCAUGCCUUUCACUUAGAAAAACAUAGCAGAACAUACCCACUGAGCCAGGUUUUUCGUCAUAUGAAUAGUUGUGUAACAAAAAUAAUUAAGUAGUUCUCUUUAACAAUUGAUGUAUCAUUUAUUUAAAUGGAAACCGUAAAUAUUUUUAUCUGCAACCAUAGACAAAUGCAUAUGCUUUCAGAUAUUGUAUUAUUUUACUGAUUUUGAUAUCUUGUUAAUAAGUUUUACUUGCUACAAGUUUUAAGUUUAGCAGGCACGCGUGAUAUUUUAACUGGCUAGGAAGUUGCCUAUCUCUGUUAUCUAUGUCUCUGUAAAAAUCUAAAUUGUUUGAUUGUGUAUACAUAUUUAUAUUAUCAAUGUUUUCUAUGUAUGUGUAAUAUAUUUCUUAUAUAGUCACUACUAUAUACAUUUUGUUGACAUGGCCCAGUGUGAUAAAAUGUAGCAAGUGGUAUAUCUUCUAUAUACUGAUAUAUCUUCCAAGAAUUUGAUAAUAUUUUGAACUAAAAAUUAUGAAAAUUGU